AUGCAUCAUCACCGCGGCUCCCUCGUGCACCGCGCACUGCGGGACCUGUCGCUCCGACAUGGCCCUCUCAUGUUCCUCAAGUUCUGCGAGCUCCCAGUCGUCGUAGCAUCCACGCCAGAGGCCGCGAAAGAGGUGAUGAAGACCUACGACGCCAUCUUCUCGACGAGGCCACUGAGUUUCGGCAUCAAGACGGUCACCAAGGACGACCCGGGGAUCGUCUGGGCUCCGUACGGCGACCACUGGCGGCAGCUCCGCAAGAUCUGCGCCAUGGAGCUGCUCGGCGCCCGGCGCGUCCAGUCCCUGCGGCCUGCCCGCGAGGCGGAGGCCCUCCGGCUGGUCCGAGCCGUCGCGUCGUCUUUCUCGUCCACCGCGGCAGGAGCAGCGUCGCCGGUUGUGGACCUCGGUAGGCUGGUGUUAGCAACCCACUGGCAGAACACGAUCUCAGGUAACCGAUACUAG